CAACGCGACAUGCACGUCUCGAAAUACAAGGCCGUCUUCCGCUGGGCUUACUUCAAGUCGAAGUGGAUCACAUAUAACGUGCAUCGCACUCGUCUCCACUCGCAACGCGCUGCGCAAUUUGUACGUAUCCCGCCUUAUAAUCCGUGGUCUGCCUUCUCGGACUCGCCAUUUCAUCCGGGCUGGCGUCCUUUCGUUCUGUAUCCUAACUUCACACCUCACUGCGUCGUUCAUCCUCACAUCGUGCGAUGCUCCUGUUCUGGAGCGUGUUUGUGCGCAGUUAUGUAGCGCUCGCCUUCGUGGCGAGCCUAGCGCCGUCCGUGCUUGCUGCCCCUUGGUGGCCCAUGCAUUACGUGCUGGAUGAGCUGUCGCCCGACAUGCCACCUCCGCAAUCUGCUGCCGCCGGCAUCGUCCCUGCUGCUAGUAUGUCCUCGUCCGCCGCCACUCCUAGCGAGACGAACGUAGUUGGUGCAACGAAGAGCUCUGGAAAUCUCGAUGAUACAACACAGCAGUCUGGCGGCGCCAGCGUCGUCGAUCGCAGUGCCAGUACAGUGAGCAUCCUGGUCGGAAGCACAGUCAUCGCUCUGUACCUCGUGAUUAAAGCUCCCUGAUCUGGAUGCGUUAGUCGUCUUGUGUCUUCCAUUCUACCCAUUUAUCCUCUCGCUGGACGGUAGUCCUCAUGAGCGCUACGGACACGGUGUCCGUUUUCCCGUCGUUGAAUAAUCCAUUCCUUCACCCUCAUGUAUCUGUAUCUACUCGUAUCCGUGUCUUUGCAGACCCAAUCUGUAGCAUAGCUCAUUGUGGUCGUUGUUAUCGUUGUCGUCGUGCUAUCGCUUGCAUCCCAAUACCGCCCCACCUCUACUUACUACAGCCCUCUACUGUGUAUGCUUCUUUGGCUCGAAGCCAACUAUGUUGUGAUGCACUAGCUUAGACUUAAAGCUUGAAGACGAGUACCCCUCACUUUACACAAGACGACUGUACUAGCUUAUGCUCAUCAUGAUGUACUCCAUCAGUAUGGUAAUCUGGGGGAAGUAAGUACUACAUUGUCAUACAUCCUGG